GGCGGUUGCUUGUUGGUUGUUGUAGUAACCGGGGAAGCAGCAGUCUACCGCUGCUCUGAGCCUGGCUGGGGAAGGAGGUGAGAGGUAGGCUCAGAGCGCGGUCCCCGCCUGCCCACCCCGAGCCAUGGGAAGUUGAGACAGGAAUCUGUGCCACCCAAAUUGUCUGAUACAGUGAAUCUGCAAGGAGAGGUCUCUGAGGCCCCUGUUUGCUGACUGUAUGACAGACCCUGAAGGAAAUGCCAGUUGUGAUGGCCCGGGACCUGGAAGAAACUGCAUCAUCCUCAGAGGAUGAGGAGGUGGUAAGCCAAGAGGAUCAUCCAUGUAUCAUGUGGACUGGAGGCUGCAGGAAAAUUCCAGUUUUGGUAUUCCAUGCUGAGGCUAUUCUGGCAAAGGACAGUAAUAUCCGAGUAAUUGGAGAACGUUAUCAUUUGUCUUAUAAGAUUGUGCGAACGGACAGUCGCCUGGUGCGCAGCAUUCUGACAGCCCAUGGAUUUCGUGAAGUUCACCCAAGCAGCACUGACUAUAACCUGAUGUGGACAGGAUCCCACCUGAAGCCCUUUUUACUUCGCACCCUCUCUGAAGCACAAAAGGUUAAUCACUUUCCCAGGUCUUAUGAACUAACACGGAAGGACCGGCUGUACAAAAACAUCAUUCGAAUGCAGCAUACACAUGGAUUCAAGGCUUUUCACAUCCUCCCUCAGACCUUCCUUCUGCCAGCUGAGUAUGCGGAAUUCUGUUAUUCUUACUCUAAGGACCGGGGACCUUGGAUAGUAAAACCAGUGGCCUCUUCCAGGGGGCGGGGUGUCUACCUGAUCAACAAUCCAAACCAGAUUUCCCUGGAAGAGAACAUCCUGGUCUCCCGUUACAUUAACAACCCCCUGCUCAUAGAUGAUUUCAAGUUUGAUGUGCGCCUGUAUGUGCUUGUGACUUCCUACGAUCCUCUUGUCAUCUAUCUCUACGAAGAAGGAUUGGCUAGGUUUGCAACCGUGCGAUAUGAUCAAGGAGCCAAGAACAUUCGGAACCAGUUCAUGCACCUGACAAACUACAGCGUGAAUAAGAAGAGUGGAGACUAUGUAAGUUGUGAUGAUCCAGAAGUGGAGGAUUAUGGGAACAAAUGGAGCAUGAGUGCUAUGCUCAGGUACCUGAAACAAGAAGGCAGAGAUACAACUGCCCUGAUGGCCCACGUGGAAGACCUCAUCAUUAAGGCAAUAAUCUCCGCUGAGCUCGCUAUUGCUACCGCUUGUAAAACCUUUGUUCCUUAUCGCAGCAGUUGCUUUGAGCUGUAUGGUUUUGAUGUGCUCAUAGAUUCUACUCUGAAGCCAUGGCUUUUGGAAGUGAAUCUCUCCCCUUCCCUGGCCUGUGAUGCACCUCUGGACCUAAAGAUUAAAGCCAGUAUGAUUUCAGAUAUGUUCACUGUUGUAGGAUUCGUGUGCCAAGAUCCUGCCCAGCGGGCGGCAACACGGCCAGUUUAUCCCACCUUUGAGUCCUCCAAGCGAAACCCUUUCCAGAAACCUCAGCGUUCCCGCCCGCUCUCUGCCAGUGAUGCUGAAAUGAAGAACCUUGUGGGCCCAGCCCGGGAGAAGAUGUUAGGGAAGUUAGGUGGCUCCGUGCUUGGGCUGUCGAUGGAAGAGAUCAAAGUUUUACGGAGGGUGAAGGAAGAGAAUGAUCGGAGAGGUGGCUUUAUCCGCAUAUUUCCGACAUCGGAGACAUGGGAAAUUUAUGGGUCCUACCUUGAGCACAAGACCUCCAUGAACUAUAUGCUGGCAACACGCCUCUUCCAGGACAGGGGAAACACAAGAAGAAGCUUAUUGACAGGAAGAACACGAAUGACUACUGAAGGAAUGCCGGGACUGAAGAUAGAGAGUGUGAAUUCAAAGGCCAAGCUGCAUGCUGCUCUUUACGAGAGAAAACUCCUGUCUCUGGAGGUGCGGAAACGUAGACGACGGAGCAGCAGAAUGAGAGCACUAAAGCCAAAAUACCCAGUGAUUACCCAACCAGCUGAAAUGAAUGGUAAAACUGAGACAGAGACUGAAGAGGAGGAAGAAGUUGCUUUAGACAAUGAAGACGAAGAACAGGAAGCUUCCCAGGAAGAGUGUGCAGGGUCUCUUGGAGAAAAUCAAGGCAAAUUUGCACCCUUGUUGACUGUUGGGAUAGAAAAUUUACCCAAAGAAAAUUCUGUGGAAGUUCCUGAGUGGAAUAAUAAAGGUGAACAGUGCUGCAAGAUUGAGACUCAGGAGCCAAAGCCUAAAUUUAACCUGAUGAAGAUUCUGCAGGAUAAUGGGAAUCUAAGCAAAGUGCAGGCCCGAAUAGCAUUCUCUGCCUAUCUCCAGCACGUUCAAACUCGCCUGACAAAAGACAGUGGAGAUCAGACGUUCAGUGCCAGUUGGGCUGCCAAAGAGGAUGAACAGAUGGAGCUGGUAGUUCGUUUCCUCAAGAGAGCAUCAAGUAACCUCCAGCAUUCACUGAGAAUGGUAUUACCCAGUCGACGAUUAGCUCUUCUAGAGCGGAGAAGAAUCCUCGCCCACCAACUAGGUGACUUUAUCGUUGUGUACAACAAGGAAACAGAACAAAUGGCUGAAAAGAAAUCCAAGAAGAAACUUGAAGAGGAAGAAGAAGAUGGGGUGAAUGCAGAAAACUUUCAGAAGUUCAUCAGGCAAGCAAGUGAAGCUGAGCUGGAGGAAGCACUGACUUUUUAUACCCAAAAAAACAAAUCUGCAAGUGUCUUCCUGGGGACUCACUCUAAACAUUCCAAGCACAGCCAGACAUUUUCUGAUAAUGGGGCAAAAGGUGGAUUUACCACCUCAGCAGAAAAAGAGGCUAAAUUAGUCUAUACCAAUUGUUCCUCUGCUUCUUUCUCUGUUCCUGCCGCUGCUCUUCCACAGAAAAUUCCCAACACCCAUUUGUCAUCCGUUACAACCUCUGCCCUCUCUCUUGGUCUUGGCCACCAUCCUUCCUUGUCUCACAUUCCUCCAGCUAUUCCCAGCAUGCCUCACCAGCCAGCCAUUUUACUUCACCCUGUCCCUGAUCGUGCUGCUCCUUCCAUACAUCCUGGCACACAGAAUGUACCAAGCCCCACUGGCCUGCCACGCUGUCGAUCAGGCAGUUACACCAUUGGUCCCUUCUCCUUUUUCCAAAGUGCUGCACACAUCUAUAGCCAGAAACUGUCUCGUCCCUCUUCAGCAAAGGCAGCAAGUCUGUGCCAUCCAAACAAGCAUCAUUCCAGAAUAGCCAAAUCACAAAAAGAGGGAGACGAUGGUUCUUCAUACAGCAAGCGGUACAACCAGAGUAUGGUGACAGCUGAACUUCAGCGGCUCGCCGAGAAGCAGGCAGCGAGGCAGUAUUCCCCAGCCAGCCACAUCGCCCUCCUCACCCAGCAGGUAGCAAACCUGAAUAUGGCAAGUGGUGCCAUAAACAGGAGCAGUGCUUCAACGCCUCCCACCCUGCGACCUGUCAUCAGUCCCAGUGGUCCAGCGUGGUCAAUACAGUCUGACUUCCACACCCCUGAAGGCCACUCCAGCCUCCCUGGAAGCAGGAGCCUCCAAGCAGGUGGCUUUGCCUGGGAGGGAGAAAUCGAGAACAAUGCGUACAGCAAGGCUACAGGGGUGGUCCCCCAGCACAAGUACCUGCCCACGGCAGGCAGUUACCAACUUCAUUUUGCCCUCCAACAACUUGAACAACAAAAAUUGCAGUCCCAGCAACUUCUGGACCAGAAUCGAGCCCGGCACCAGGCAAUCUUUGGCACCCAGAUCCUACCUAACUCCAAUUUAUGGACCAUGAAUAAUGGUGCAGGCUGCAGAAUUUCAGGUGCCACAGCCAGUGGCCAGAAGCCAACCACUCUGCCACAAAAAGUGGUGCCACCUCCAAGUUCUUCCACUUCCCUGGUUCCCAAACCCCCAGCCAAUCAUAAGCAAGUGCUCAAAAAGGUCACAUCCCAGAGGGCUUCCAACCCCUCCUCCGCUUCUCCGCUCGCUCUGCCAUCUACCUCUGCAGAUCCCUGUCUUCUUCCUCAUGGACGUUCUUCCUGUGGGCUCAGAAGGACAGAUGGCUCAUCUCCGCCGUCCCAUCAGAGAGGUACCGAAUGUCCAUUGGCCCGUGGUGCCCUACUUUGCUCUCGGUACGGCUCAUGAUGCCAGAUGAGCCCACGCACACCACGGAGAGAGCACCAGCUGACUGCUGCCUGGUGCGUGACUGAGGGCGGAGCACUUGCCAGCCUGCAGGGGGGCCAUAGUAUUUUUUUUUCUGCCUCAGAGCCCCCAAAGCCCUCAAGCAGAAUUGGCAGUGGAUGGUUGCCAUCAACCAAACCAGACUUUUACUGAGACAACAGGAACACAGAGCCUCUGGCUUUGGAAGGACCUUGGCGGUGGGACAGACAGCUCAUGCAUCCCUGCCCUGGCUGAGCGCGUACCUUUACCUCCCCUCCUGCUCCAGCCUUCCUAGGUCUCUGCCCCUUUCCUGCCGCAGCACAGAGAUGAUAUAAAAGAGGCUCUUCGGCUAUUUGCAUUGUGCUUGCUCUUCUUUUCCAGAUUAUAGUAUUACGUUUUCUUUGUGCAAGCUUAAAAAUCUCACCAUCGUCACCCACCCAAGUUGUCUUUCCCUUUCAAGGGGCCUGGGGAAGGGGCUCGGGUCUCAGGUUCCCUGAGCAGGAGGCCAGGUAUGCGCUGCUGAUAGGGCCCAGGGUAAUUACUGCUUUUUAA